AUGCCUGUCGCACUCCAGAUCUGGUAUCCAGUAGAUGAGGCUACCCUUACUCACCGUUUGGAGUAUCAGCUGACGAACGUUUUCUUGCCGCAGACACCCGGGGAAGUAAGGAUCCCAGUAUCGGAUGCCCCUUACAUUAAAAAUGGUUCUCACAUUGGAUGGUCAUUUGGAGCAGACUUUGACCCUAUAACGUUUGAUCUGGUGGCGAGGUAUCGAGUGCACUACCUAGAACCAAAGGGAGAGUUUCCAUACGUAAAACAAGGAAGUGUCAAAACUUUUCCUAAAAGAAGUUUGGAAAUGAAACAUUCCAUUGCAGUGGAAUACGUUUCUCUGCAGGAUACUUCUGAGAUUGGGGGUAAUGGUAUCCCAGGUCCAACAGGACCAAUGGGACCCACUGGACCUUCAGGUGCCCGCGGUGUCUACGGCCAUACAGGGCCGAGGGGUGAAAUGGGACCGCCUGGAAAAAAUGGUCUUUCCGGUAAAACUGGGCCGACAGGACCAACAGGAAUGAGAGGUGUUCCUGGUGGCAACGGCAGAGAAGGACCAACAGGGGCGUCUGGGGAAAAGGGCAACAAAGGCGACAGAGGCACCUCUGGGUUCACUGGUUUCCCUGGACCUCGAGGAAACACUGGCCCUCAGGGCCCAACUGGCUUAGUCGGAAGGCAGGGUCCAAAAGGUCAACGAGGUUCUGAUGGUCCGACUGGACCCGUUGGACCAAGUGGUGGAACAGGAUUGCGAGGAAUAACGGGAGCACCUGGAGCCUCGGGACGCACGGGGCAGACUGGGGCACGUGGUGAUAAGGGUGUGGCUGGUCCCCGUGGAUUCAAUGGAGAGGAUGGGGCUCCUGGCAGACCGGGGCCUGUUGGUUUGCCGGGAAUUGCGGGACCCCCAGGUCCCAAGGGGGAAAGAGGGCCCCCAGGGAUUCCAAGCCCAGAAAGUCGCCAAGGUAAGGACGACUAUAUACAGCUCUUGCUGCUGAUUAUGUGA